AAAUUAUUGAAAUGUCACUGUGUAUCUGAACAAUUUCGUGCAUAUCGAAUAGCUAAAUAGGCCAGAGGAUAGCAGUAAUUAUUUAAAUUGAAUUAUAAUUAAUCCAAUAGCUUUAAGUAUUUAUACAACUUUUUUCAGUGAUCACAGGAAACUGUGAAACUGAAUCGUUUUAUGUAAAUAAGACGAUCAACGUUUCAAUUAUUUGCGGGCCCGUAUUAAAACCUCAAAAGAUGCAGCUUACAUCCGAUCCACGUCGUGCAGAUCGCGAACGGCGUUUUAAACCUCCGCCACCUACAUCGGCACCAGCCGAAGAUCUCACCACAGACUACAUGAACAUCUUAGGGAUGGUGUUCUCAAUGUGUGGCCUGAUGAUGCGUCUUAAGUGGUGUGCCUGGACAGCUGUAUUCUGCUCAAGUAUUAGUUUUGCUAAUUCCAGAGUUUCAGAUGACACAAAACAGAUUGUGAGCUCCUUCAUGUUGUCAAUAUCGGCCGUGGUAAUGUCAUAUUUACAAAACCCUGCCCCAAUGUCACCUCCAUGGGCAGCACUUACAACAUAAAUACUUUAUCGAACCUAUAUUUUAUUUAUUGUUAAUAAAGUUUACAUAUUAUGUA